AAUGACUCUCCCGCCUCUAAAGUGGGAGCUGAAAAGGAACGUCAUUUGCCUCGUACAUUUAGCUUUAGCCUCAAAUUAGCUUGACUUUUAAAUCAUAAAUGUAUUCUCUCAAGUAGAGCCGCUCUUUCGCUUAGCCGUCAAUCUCGGACAGCGUUAACAAUUCGCCCUCUUUGUGUUUACGACAGGAAACAUGUAUAUAAAGGCCUUAUUUCGAUGCAGGGACAUGCUAAAGGGAGAAUUCUUCGUGUGAAAUGCUGGCUAGCCUUCGAGCAGGGGCCAAAAACCGAAAGUGGCUAACAGCACCGAGGGUUAAGUCAUCACCAGCAAGCCUGUGGGCUUUCUCACAUCUGCCGUAGGCACCCGAAGGUGGACAGACUGAAACGGUGCCUUUCCUACAACGAAGCAAGGUCUCCGUCUGUCUAAGGCCGAGGCAUGGGGGCGUUUCUGGACAAACCCAAAACAGAGAAACACAACUCGCAUGGCGAGGGGAACGGACUGCGCUUCGGGUUGAGCUCCAUGCAGGGCUGGCGGGUGGAGAUGGAGGACGCUCACACGGCUGUGCUGGGACUUCAGGCUCCCGGCAUGACCGACUGGUCUUUCUUCGCCGUGUACGACGGCCACGCUGGAUCCAGGGUUGCCACCUACUGCUCAAAGCACCUUCUCGAACACAUAAUCACUGCGAGCCUCGGCGCUGGCAGCAAGCAAGGCUCGCAAGUCGGACCAGACGGUUGCGGCUCCGACUCUCAAGCUCUUCCUCCUCCCGCUGUGGAGGCCGUGAAAGCCGGUAUCCGCACGGGUUUCCUGAGGAUCGACGAGCACAUGCGCAGCUUCUCCGACCUCCGGAACGGCAUGGACCGCAGCGGCUCAACGGCGGUGGGGAUUCUCCUGUCGCCAGAGCACUUUUUCUUUAUUAACUGCGGGGAUUCCCGAGCCGUCCUGUACCGCAACUCGCAGGUGUGCUUCUCCACGCUCGACCACAAGCCUUGCAACCCGCGCGAGAGGGAGCGCAUCCAGAACGCAGGAGGCUCAGUGAUGAUCCAGAGAGUUAACGGGUCCCUGGCGGUCUCGAGAGCCUUGGGGGACUAUGAUUACAAGUGUGUGGAUGGCAAGGGCCCAACGGAGCAGCUGGUUAGCCCUGAACCGGAAGUGUACGUGAUGGUUCGGGCGCCGGAACAAGAUCAGUUCAUUAUUCUGGCUUGUGACGGCAUCUGGGAUGUCAUGUCCAAUGAGGAAUUGUGUGAAUUUGUGAAAUCUAGACUGGAGGUGUGUGAUGACCUGGAGAGAGUCUGUAAUGAAGUGGUGGAUACCUGCCUGCACAAGGGAAGUCGAGAUAACAUGAGUAUUGUCUUAGUGUGUUUGCCCAAUGCUCCCAAAGUAUCCGAGGAAGCUGUGAGGAGAGAAGCUGAGGUCAACAAAUAUCUGGAGGCUCGAGUGGAAGAAAUGCUGUCUCGGCCCCUAGACGAGGCUUUUCCGGAUCUGGUGAUGGUGAUGAGGAACCUGGCCUCCGACAGCGGGAUGCCCCCUCUGCCACCUGGGGGCGGACUCGCUAGCAAACGCAGUGUUAUCGAAGCAGUAUACAACCGUCUGAAUCCUUACAAGGAGGAAGAUGGACCCUCCUGUUUCAUUUGGUAAGUGAUCACAUAUAUAAGUGUUGAACCCCAACCCACCCCUGCCCUCCUUCCAAAACCUCAUGCAUACACACACACACACACACACACAUUCUUACAGGCAUGUAUAGUGGUGACCUGCAGAGCAUACUCUCCCUCUGUCACGCCUCCAUCAGUCUAUAUACGUCCCCUUCUGGUCUACUUUCCAGCAUGUAGAGCUCCAUUUAGACUUUAAGGAGUGUGUGUGUGUAAGUGUAAAUGAACGAUGAGGUGUUUCUGGUCCUGUCUGUCCCCCUCUCUCUCGCAUCACAGGCACACAAACACGCAUGCACCAGCCCCACACGCAUGCAUUACUGUCUCACUUGACGUCUCAGCAGCCGCACGCAAGCAAAUAACAAUCUGUCUCUGUGCCACGCCCCCCGCAAGAAGAGAAAGCUACAGAAACAUGUCGGCAAAUUAAUUUAGUUUUGCAUCAAAGGAUCUACAAACCUGAGGCUAGAGUGUGUUGGUGUUGUAACUUUAUUUUUUUGUCUGUGUUCAUGGUAUAAAAAUCUUCCCUCGAAAACUCGGGUCGGGAACCGAAACUUGUUGACGUGACGUUAAAUUAACAGAGUAUUUUCUUUCGCUCUCAUCUCUCCCUCUUUUCUGUUUUUUUUUUUUCCUUUCCUCGCUCUACCUUUCCUGGCUGUCCUC